CCGGUCUGGAGGUGGAGCCUCCGUGAGGACCUGCGGACCCACAGCACAGCCUAUGGGCCUAUGGCGGAGCGACGCCUGUGGGCUGUGGCCUUUGCGGGCGGCCAUUGUCGUGCCUGAUAAGCUUUUCUACGUGACUCACCUUGCUUCACCUAACCGGCAGAGCGAGACAACUGGAACCCACAGUUCCCAAACAGUGCACCUGCGGGAGAUCCCAACCCAGCUGGAGAAGUGGACAUGAGGUUGGCAGGCCCCCUGCGCAUCGUGGCCCUAAUCAUCAUUAUGGGUCUCACCUGGAUCCUAGUCACCAUCCUCCUAGGUGGUCCUGGUGUUGGCCUUCCUCGAAUUCAGCAGUUCUUCACCAGCCCAGAGAACUCAGUGACUGCAGAACCAAGGGCCAGGAAGUACAAAUGCGGCCUGCCCCAGCCUUGUCCUGAAGAGCACCUGAGCUUUCGAAUAGUCAGCGGGGCUGCCAAUGUCAUCGGGCCCAAGAUCUGCCUCGAGGACAAGAUGCUCAUGAGCAGCAUCAAGGACAAUGUGGGCCGUGGCCUGAACAUCGCCCUGGUGAAUGGGGUCAGUGGUGAACUCCUAGAAGCCAGAGCCUUUGACAUGUGGGCUGGAGAUGUCAAUGAUCUCUUGAAAUUCAUCCGGCCACUGCAUGAAGGUACCCUGGUGUUUGUGGCAUCCUAUGAUGAUCCAGCUACCAAGAUGAAUGAAGAGACCAGGAAGCUUUUUUCUGAGCUGGGCAGCAGGAAUGCCAAGGAUCUAGCCUUCCGUGACAGCUGGGUGUUUGUGGGAGCCAAAGGUGUGCAGAACAAGAGCCCUUUUGAGCAGCAUAUGAAGAACAGUAAGCACACCAACAAGUAUGAGGGCUGGCCAGAGGCCCUGGAGAUGGAAGGCUGUAUCCCUCGAAGGAGCAUAGCGGGCUAGCACAGCAGAGCUCUGGAACCAGACUGAAGGAGGCAGCAUGGCACCAGUGUCAGGUGGAGACUGUGCCCCAUGCCCAGGCAUGAGGCUUCCCCUCCCUAACACUUUAGGGCUUGAAAGUGGCCUCGAGGUGAUGGGUGCUGCAGGGCUGGCCCAUUUCAUUUUGUCAGGGAGCUUAGGUACCUGUGUCCUUGUUUUCCUAAAGCUGAUCCCACAGUCAGUUCCCACCCAGCCCCUUCCUCUGCCCCUCCUGUGUCAUCUUCUAUUUCUUGAGUGCCCCUCAGAGGCAAGGGUCUUCAAUGUUUGCCCCUCUCACUGGAGCAGGUAUUGGGUAGUUUGGGACAUCUUCAAGAAACUCUCCCUCCCAGAGGCACUGUACUGCUAUCCAACCCUGUUUUCAGUGUGAUCCUUUAAGCCAAAUCAGAACUAAUUGGAUGACUUCUGCAAGCCUGAAUGGAGCAAUCUGGCCUUAAGUGCCCAAGUAGCUGGAGUCCAAUCAGAGUUCCUCACAAGGUGUAUGGCAGUAUGCAGUCUGUCAGAGGGCUCACCUUCUAAAUGACCUGUUUGUUAAUAAACUAAUUUCUUGCAGUGGAAUAAAGUGUAUUCAGAUGUCCUCA